AUGUCCUUCGUCCCAGUCAACCCCCGUCCCUUCCUCCAAGAUCUCGUCAACAGCCUUGUGACGGUUCGCUUGAAGUGGGGAGAGACGGAGUAUGUUGGCCGUCUUGUUAGCAUCGACAGCUACAUGAACAUCCAGCUCAGCGACACGAAGGAGUACAUCAACCGCAAGUUUACGGGCGCGUUGGGGCAGGUUUUGAUCAGAGAACUAAUGGCGAUGCGCACGCACAACAGGUGUAACAACGUUCUUUACAUCAAGAAGGCCGACGAGGCGGAAACAGGCGGCGACACCAAGAUGGAGGAGUGA